AUGAAUAAUAUCGAUCAAACACAUCUUGCUCGAUUACGUCCAGAAAAACUUGAUGAUGCAUCUGUUCAAGAACAGAUUUUAUUGAUACAAAAAGCAUGUGGUAAUGUUAGUCUUGAUAAAAUAGCCCUUGUCUUUCAUGAAUGUGAUUAUAAUAUGCAACAGACAAUAAAUCGAAUACGUGCAGGAGAUUUUGAGGAUGGUGGUUGGCAAACAGCUAAAUCAAAUAAUAAAAAGAAAAAUCAUAAUUUAAAUGAUCAAAAAUUGAAUGGUAAUAAUUUAAGUGAUAGUGAACGUUCUCUUUCUCAACGUACAUCUCCAACUUCAUCAAUUCGUGGUGGACGUCAUCGUAAUGAUUAUUAUCAAUAUUCAACAUCAACACGUACAAAUAUUGGACGACGCAGAAAUGAUUUAAAUCGAAAUCAUUUUAUUUCAUCUAAUACACGUUAUUCAAAUCGUAAUAAAUCAAUACGAACAACAAAUUUAUUACAACCAAUAUCUAAAGAAAUAAAUGAAGAAUUAAUACAAAUAAAUUCACCAUUAACAGAUGAAUAUGAAUUUAUUGAUGGUAUACCACAAUCAUUAAGUUUUGAUAAUAGUCAAAUGAAAACAUCAUUACAAAUAUUAUCAAAACAUCGAAUACCAUCAACAAUACCUCAAGAACCUGUAUCAAUGCAUCCAACAAUACAAUUUUCAACUGAACCAAUUGAUAUACAAUUUGGUGAUGUACAAUGGAAUGAUUCCAUACCAAUUGUAGUUAGUCCAUCUAAUAAUAAUAAUAAUACAGUUAUAUCAACAAUAAUAGAUAAUCAUGAAAAAGAUCUAUCAUCAAAUGUAAACAAUAAUCUUCAACAAGAAAAUCAAGAUAUUUUAUCAUCGAAUUAUAUAAAUCAUCAAACAACGAAUAAUAAUGAUAAUUCAUUACAUGAAACAACAAAUCAACUUUCAUCAUUAUCACUUACUGAUAAUAAUAUAAUUUCGAAUAAUUUACCAAUUGUUAUUCCUCCUGAAAGUGGUACAUCUCAUUUAUCUGAUCAUUUAACUGAUACAUCAUCAUCUAUUCCAACUCAAUAUUCAUCUCAACAACAAAUUCCAAUAGCACAUUUACCACCUACAUCAACACCACGUAUACCUGAACAUACACCAACAACAACAACAUCAUCAUCUCAAUUUAUGGUAAAUAAUCUUCAACAAACAAAUAAUGGUAUUACAUCAUCAGCAUUUACUCCAUUUAAUGCUCUUGUUAAUUAUCCAUCUAUACCAAGAGAUUAUCCUCAAACAACAACAAAUUGGAAUCCACAAACAUCAAAUUAUAAAACAACUACUAAACCAACAGGAACAUAUCAACAACAACCAUCAUAUCAAAUACCAACUCAACAACAACAACAACAACAACAACAAUUUUUUCUUGGAACUUAUCCAUAUGCUCCUAUAUCACCAGUAGUUCUUCCUAUAUUUGCAUCAAUUGAACAAUGGCCAACAACUACAUUUUCAACACCAAUUGAAUCUUAUCCAUAUACAACUACUAAUUAUUUAUCAACAUAUCCAAAUCAACAACAAUAUCAUUUACCAACAACUAAAUAUGAUCAAUAUUCAUAUGAUAAAGAAUAUUUUACACAUUAUGGACAAACACGUUUAUUAAAUAAUGAUAUAUCAUAUCAACAAUCAAUAAAAGAUACACAUUCAACAAGUAAAUUAUCACCAAAUGCUGCUACAUUUUGUCAAGGUGCUCCAUUAACAGCAUCACCAUCAACAGCAACAACUCUUUAUUUAAAUCCAAUUGGAUUUUCUAUGCCAAAUUAUUAUCCAACAGUAACUAAUUCAAUACAUCAAGAUCGAAUAUUAUCAUAUACUUCUCUUGAUAAUCGUGAUAAUCGUAAUGGUGCUUCAUAUAGUAGUACUAACAAUCGAAAUAAUUAUUAUCAUUAUGGACAACAACAACAACAGCGUACACAUAAUAACAACGGAUCAAAUUCUACUUGGCAUUUGCAACAGUAG